CCACCCCCUCCCCUCCCUUCCCCGGGACCAGCCUAGCAUUGCAGCGGCAGGCCGGGCGCGCAGAGAGCCGGGCAGGGCGCAGCGAUGGUGGGGCGGCUGAGUCUCCCGGACGCGCCGGAGCUGCCCGACUCGAAGCGGCCGCUGGACAGUCCCGACUCCGGCUUGCCGCCCAGCCCCAGCCCCAGCCCGGCCAGCUGGCUUGCUCAGGGGCUGCCCGAGCCGGAGAGCGCCGCCAAGCCGCCGGGCAAGGAGACCUCGUCUUCUCCCAGCCCUCUGCGGCUCUGCCCGCUUUCCUUUGGCGAAGGGGUGGCAUUUGAUCCGUUGCCACCCAAGGAUGUAAGGUACACCUCCUCCGUUAAGUAUGACUCCGAAAAACACUUCAUCAAUGAUAUUUACAUGCCGGUCCGGCUAGGCGUGUCGUCUUGCAGCCAAACCAUCAUUUGUGUUCCCGACAGCACGUGGCGCAGUUACAAAUCCGAGGUGCAAUUCCACCUUUGCAACCGGCCCGGGAAUUUCAGAAGCACCACCAUUGUGUACCCCAAGCACACCAAGACUGUGUACACCACGACCCUGGAUUACAACUGCAAAAAAUUCAACCGGAAAUUCUUGUCUAGCGUCGAGUUGGAAUCGUCUGGAAGUGAGAACCACCCAGAAAGCUGUUGACUUUCUCUCUGGCUGCAACUCAACUCGCUUCUUCUAUACCACCCUCUUUUUUAUGCUCAGGAGUGACCAGUUGGACAUCCGCACCACGAUGGGUUCAACAGGCCACAGGAACGAGGAAGGGACAGCAUCAAUCAGUGGUUGCUUUGCUUCCUGCCAUAGCUAGUCCUCAACUUACAAGUGUUCAUUUAGUGACCAUUGAAAGAUGCAAAGAGUGACUUAUGACCGUUUUUCACACUUACGAUCUUUGCAGCCUCCCCUGGGUCACGCGAUCAACGUUCGGACGCUUGGCAAUUGGUUCAUAUUUAUGACGGUUGUGGCAUCCCGGGGACCUGCGAUCUCCGUUUGCGACCUCCACAUCGAUGGGGGAAACCAGAUUCAUUUAAUAACCGUGUCACUAAUUUAAUAACUAGAGUGAUUCGCUUAAUAAAAG